UUCAGUUACGCUUAAAAAAUAUCAAAUCUAAAAAUUAAAAAAAUGACGGAAAGAAUUUACCAAACGAUACGAUCCACUUAUACUUCUACCGGCGGUAUUUUAUUGCUUCUCUUACUUUUUCAAACGUUUCAACCACUUUUUAGUCUUCACAAUGGCCAACAUUAUAAUAAACGGUUUUCACACGUUGGAGCAGCUGAAAAAUUACCAGCCGAUAAGCGUACACUUACAUCGGGAAGUGGCAUUGGCGGAUCUGCAGGCCAGCCAGAGGAAAUAUUUAGUGCAAGUGAUCAGUUGGAGUCAAACUACGAUGAAUAUCCAAUGGUUGUCCCAAAAAGAGCAGCUCUUCUUCUUGAUCGCCUUAUGGUGGCGCUUCAUCAUGCUCUCGAAAAAGAACACAGUGGUAGUACAAGAUUAAGUGAAUUCUAUAAUAAUAAAAAUAACAACAAUAACAAUAAAAAUAUUGCAUCUGGAGUAAAUGAUCGCAAUAAGGAAGAGGACAAAGACGAAAACAUUCCAGACAAUAAAGAUUCUCCAUAUCUUGCCAUGUACAGCGAUGAUGAUCCAACUGUUAUGAUGGACUAUGAUUUCAAAGAUCUCAAUUCGAUAAAUCGAGCUACAGGCGAAACUAGAAGAGCGAACGUGGGCUUGGAUUUGGGUGGCGAUAUGGGAGUCGAGGGUGUUUCAUCAUUAUUAGAUGCAUCAUCUUCAUCGGCCCUCAGUAGAGGUCUUUUAAAUGGAUACAAUGGCGGCGAUAUUGGUGUCGGUGGAGUUGGAGGAGUAGUUGGUGCGGGGGGUGGACGAACGGCAAGUUCUUACUGGCGUUGUUAUUUUAAUGCUGUGAGUUGUUUUUAAACAUCAUCCAAUGCUAAAUCUAAAAUAAUAUUUUAAAAUUAGAAAAUAUAAAUAAUUAAAAAACAAUCAAAAUAAAUAAAUGUAUUUAUAAAAUUAA